UUGGACUUCAGCUCCCACAAUUCUUAACAGCUGGUAAGCUGGCUGGGAUUUCUGAGAGUUGAAGUCCCAAACACCUGGAGGAGCACAGUUUGAGAAACACUGCAUAAAGCCAGGGCAUUUCAAAUCUUUGAGGUCCCUUCCAUACAGCUAAAUAAAAUCCUAUACUAUUUGCUUUGAACUGGGAUAUAUGGCAGUAUGGACUCAGAUAACCCAGUUCAAAGCAGAUAUUGUGGGAUUUUCUGCCUUGAUAGUUUGCAUUAUAUGGCUGGGUGGAAGGGCCCUGAGGAACAUGUGAAAGUACUUUGGACUGCUCAAGGGUUAAGAGGGAACCAGUUUUCUGUGAGUAUGCAGUUUGUUGAUUUAAAGCUCUUGGUAAAUGAUUGUUAGAAAUCUGUCAUGUGUAACAAUAUCUUCAGAGAUCAUGCCACAGGCAUUGCUUAUACUUAAGUACUGUAUAUAUCUGUUGCCAGUGCCAACUUGAUUCCAAUCCCUAGAAGUACAGCAAAUUUAACCAGAUGUCCAUUAUGGAAAAUGUGGAAUAUAACAAUAUAGAUGAAAACAUAGAGAAUACGAGAGUGUAUGAAAUUCCAUAUCUGGAGGAAGAAGAAGAAAGAGGACAUCGACAACAACAACAAAUUUAUGAUAUUAGUGAUGAUCAGAAGCCUUUUUCUCAUACUGCCAUACUUGGUAGCAUAGAUAUGAGAUAUCAAGACAGCCCAGAAAACAGUCAAACAAAUUCUUUGUCCUCUCGGUAUGAGUAUGAUGGGGAUGAAGAAACUGAUUCUUCUGAACAAGAUACUCCAGAAGACCAGCAAAGCCAGGGGGAGAGAGAACUGCCGAGGCCAAGUCGGUCUGCUGAGCAGAUAGAAAUAAUGCCAUUGGCAUUGUCUUCAACUGAUUUCUUUCUGAAAAAGAUCCAGGGUAAUACCAAGAACUUUCAGAAUACGAUCAGAUUCCCUUGCAACAGUAAUCCGGAAGAAAACAACAAUGCUCAAGAAGAGGCUCGUCAGAUUUUUCUCUUUGUUAAGGCUGGUAUAGAUGGAGAAAGCAUUGGGAACUGUCCUUUCUCACAGCGCCUUUUCAUGAUACUUUGGCUCAAAGGAGUUGUUUUCAAUGUGACCACAGUUGACCUGAAAAGAAAGCCUGCUGAUUUACAUAAUUUAGCUCCUGGUACCCACCCGCCAUUCCUCACUUUUAAUGGAGAUGUCAAGACAGAUGUUAACAAAAUUGAAGAAUUUUUGGAAGAAACCCUUUCUACUCCAAAGUAUCCUAAGCUUGCUGCCAAGCACCGUGAAUCCAACACUGCGGGCAUAGAUAUCUUCUCUAAAUUCUCUGCGUUUAUCAAAAAUACAAAACAACAAGACAAUGCAAGUUUGGAAAGAGGUUUGACAAAGGCUCUAAAGAAGCUGGAUGAUUUUCUGAGGGAGCCUUUGCCCGAAGAAAUCAAUGCAAGCAGUGCAGAGGAAGAGAAAGUAUCAAAACGCAAGUUCCUGGAUGGGGAUGAGUUGACCCUUGCAGACUGCAACCUCCUGCCUAAACUCCACGUUGUCAAGAUUGUAUCAAAGAAAUAUCGGAACUAUGAGUUCCCAGCAGAGAUGAUUGGACUGUGGCGAUACCUGAAAAAUGCUUAUGCUCGAGAUGAAUUCAUCAACACUUGUGCUGCUGACAAAGAAAUUGAAAUAGCCUAUGCAGAUGUAGCCAAGCGGCUUAGCAAAUCGUAAUUAAAAUCUGCAAGACCAAUUUCAUUCAGAGAAUUGUUGUUUCAUCGAUGCUUCUCAGAGAUGCCUUUGUACAUAAUGUAUGUAUGACUGUAAUAUAGCAUUAUGUCUUCUGGGUUGCUUCCUUGAAGGUCCAGUUACCUUCUCUCAUUGAAUGCAUGGCUGCCACCUGCAGACUGAGAAUGCUUUGGGAGCGUGGGGGACUUCCCAAAGAUUUUGCAAAGAAAAACAAAAUAGCAGUGCAGAGGUGGAAGUAUUUCUGAAAUCUUCACCAAUAUGUUGGUAGAAAGAUUUGAACAUCUAUUUAGUGUUUGUUUUUUGUUUUUUUAAAAAAAAAACCCAAACAAAACAAAACAGCAAUUCUUUGCUAACAAAUACACAUAUUGGCAAAAAAAAAUCAGUAUCAAUUUGAACAAAAUCAGAAAAUAUUUGGAGUUGUUUUUUUUAUUUUUCUCAUUUGCUCUUGUUAUGGAAAGUUUGAAAACAUAUUGUGCAUUGAUUUGUGAUUUUAAAGCUGGAGGCAAAAUUGGACUGCCCAUAGGAGAAUGGAUGGCAUCGUAAGGCAAGUGCAAUUGAAGACAGAUUUUGGGAAUUUUGGACCCUUCAAAUGUUUUUGAGCUGCUAUUUUGAGUGAACACUGAAAUUUUGUAGAGAUCACUUGAUUUUUUUUCUUUAGACCUAAGAAAUGGAAAUAGUGAGUGAAAUAAUUUUGAAUAUGUUAAUAAUUGAAGGAUGUUUGGAAGGGUCAGUGGUAGUACCAAAAUUACAAGAAUGGUGUUGAAAAUACAAGAUGGUACUCAAAUACCAUGUAUAAUUGUGGAAAAGCCCCUCAUGGGUAGCUAAUCAAUAGUGAAUUGCCAACAUAUCUCUCAGUGUGUCAAUAAGGAGGUGUGUAACAGGAAUCAGGUGCCUUAUAUAAAUCCGAGGAAAAGAUGAGUUUAUUUUCUGUAUUCAGUAUGAAAGUCCUUUUAAAAAUAGCACUGUUGUAAAAUGUCUGCUCCUCUCCCAGUUUUAUGGUAAUAGAAGACUGCUUAAUAGUUUAUAUUUCUUACUGCACUGUAUUGGAUUCAUUGUGUUCAUAGAGCCACGGCAGCACAAUGGGUUAAACCCUUGUGCCGGCUGAACUGCUGACCUGAAGAUUGGGAUGCUGACCUGAAGGUUGCCAGUUUGAAUCCAUGAGAUGGGGUGAUCUCCCGCCUGUCCGCUCUAGCUUGUGUGGACAUGACAGAAGCCUCACAGCAGGAUGGAAACACAUCCAGGCGUCCCCUGGGCAACGUCUCUGUACCAUGGCCAGUUUUCUCACACCAAAAGCGACUUGCAGUAUGUUCUCAAGUUGCUUCCGACACAAUAAAAAAAUUGAGCUCAUUUCAGCCGCUGAGUGAUGAGCUCUGUGUUAUGUCUUCCUUGUCAGUAGGUCGAAAGCAUGCUAUUUUGUCUUUGUGAAGUAUGGAGGUUGUAGCUCUAAUUCCUUAGUAGUUUGGAAAGCAAAGAAGUUCUGGCUGAAACUGAACAUUCUUCAAAAGGACUAGAAGUAGGUGGGGCAGCAUCUUUUUUGAUGUCAGUGAAGGCUAGGCUACAUUCAACAUUUAUAUUAUUUUCUCUAAGCCACUUGUUAAAAAGUAUUUGUAUAAAGUGGCAUUUUACAGUUCUACAAUUUUAGACAUAGACCUCAUCUACACUGCCAUAUAAAAUCCAGAAUAUCUGCUUUGAACUGGAUUAUAUUGCACUGUAGACUCUGAUAAUCCAGUUCAAAGCAGAUGAUAUGGAUUAUCUGUUUUGAUAAUCUGGAUUUUAUGGCAGUGUAGAAGGGGCCAUACUCUCAUGAUUAUUGCCAGUGUGAGAUCAAGGAAUUUUGCUGCCUGUGGCAGAGUAGUAUAGAGUUUUAAAGUUUAUUUUGUUAUUUGAGGCAGAAAACUUCAUCAGCACUUCAGCAUCUCCAUCUCAGCUUGUUGAAGCCAAGAAUCCCCACAUUUAGCUACUCCAACAUCCCAUCCCAACAUGACUAUCCACUUUUAAAAGUCUGCAACUGCAUGAUAUCAUUUCACAAAUUCAUCAUUUGUUGAAGAAAUAAAAACGUAAUACACAGAAUAAUUUUGGAGGAGCUGGGAGGUGGCAUAUAUGUACAGGUAAUGUAUGAAGAUAAGAUUUUAGGUGGGUGGGGGGAUAAAUAAAUUGAAUGAAUGACAAGAGUUGUAUUUUAAAAUUAUUUUAAUAGAUAUAUUAAAAAUUACAGAUAUUAAAAAGAAAAAAGGAAACGAACUGAAAUUAAAUAAAUAUUAAGAAGUGCAUAAUGGAACUGAAAAAGAAAAUGAGAGGGGAAGGUGACUUCCAAUCUUCCUUUUGGUGUUACAUAUACAUGUAGUUAUUCACUUCUCUCUCUCUCUCCUAAAAUUGUGAAAUAUUUUCUUCUUUUAAUAACCGAUUCUUUCUAUGUAUUUAUUAAAACCAAUUUACCAAGUUA